AAAAUAAUUUUUGAUGUACUCUCUUUGUGUCAGGAUGUUAGAGAUAAUAGAGUUUAAUAGAGACGAGUUAAAGAACGCGUCGCAAAAACUCUACAAAUUUUGUCUUGAGAAAGGAGAAUCCAUUCCGAAGUAUACCAUUCGCCAUUCGAGGACAAAUCGAGGAUUAGUGCACACAGCUCACUGCGAAGCUUUAGGUCACAAUGAAGUUGGACAAGGAGUGAGACUAGAUAGCGCUAAGAUUGCUGCGGCUGAGAAUUUAUAUAAGAAAUAUAUACUUCAGGAAGAACAAUUAAUAUAAAUUCAAAAAUUGUACAUCAAU